AUGUGCAAAAUUCGAUUGAAAUCGACCGAAAUCGACCGAACCGACAAAUUCGGUUCGGUUUUUUUCCGACUCGCUGCUGAUAGAAAUUCAUCAACUCGGAAACUAAAGCACAAUGUCAUUGAGUCAGUUAAUGAUCUCAUUCGAGAAAUUUCCUCUUGCCAUGAAGGGAUUGCUGAACAAGCAGUGGAACAUAUACAUCAGAAUGAGGUGAUCUUGACUUUAGGCAGUUCAAGGACAGUGCUGGAAUUUCUAUGUGCUGCAAAGGAGAAAAAGCGGUCAUUCCGUGUGUUUGUUGCUGAAGGUGCUCCAAGGUAUCAGGGGCACGCUUUAGCGAAAGAACUGGCUGCAAGGGGGCUGCAAACAACAGUUAUUACUGAUUCUGCAGUUUUUGCCAUGAUAUCCAGGGUCAACAUGGUAAUAGUUGGAGCACAUGCUGUCAUGGCUAAUGGUGGGGUUAUAGCACCUGUUGGGAUGAAUAUGGUGGCCCUAGCAGCUCAAAAGCAUGCCGUCCCUUUUGUUGUACUCGCUGGGGUUCAUAAGUUAUGUCCUCUGUACCCUCACAACCCUGAGGUACUAUUGAAUGAAUUGAAGUCUCCAUCUGAGCUGCUGGACUUUGGAGAGUUCUCAGAUUGUUUGGACUUUGGGAUCGACACUGGCUCACCACUUCUUCAUGUCGUCAAUCCGGCGUUUGAUUAUGUGCCUCCAAGUUUUGUUAGCCUGUUUAUUACUGACACAGGUGGUCACAACCCUUCCUACAUAUACCGUCUCAUUGCUGAUUACUACUCUGCUGAUGAUUUAGUUGUACGGCGAAAACCAGCUUCUUGA